AUGUUCUCACGAGACCAAAUACCACCAAUUGACAAUCUUGUAAGCAAUCCUGCUGAACCUUCUACUGUAAACGUCGAUGGUAACAUUCCACGAAGGUCAUCUAUUGACAUCGUUGAGUCACUGUAUUUAAAUAUUUUCUUAAAGCAAUCGUCAUUAUCUAACCAUGCAAUAGCUUUGAAGUUUUCAUUCGAAUAUACAUCUGCUUCAUUAAAUGUAAAUCCUGACUUCUUUGCAGAGAUGACUUUAAAAAUCUAUUGA